AUGAUUCCUGCAAUGCUAUAUAGUCUCUCUGAUCCUGACUUAGACGCGAAAUUACCCACUCCAGAAUCGGCUUCUCCAUACCAUCAUUCAUGGAGUGUUCCCAAAUUUUUUGAGCAGGGAGAGGAAAAUGAAGAACGUAACAGUUAUAUAGAUGGAAAAUGGGAUUUCUUUUGUGCUACAGCCUUAAUCAACGAGAGAUAUUUGUACUUUCACUGCAGUCAUAAAAGUCUGCCAACGAGAACGUUUCUCACAUUGAAUCUUGAAACUUUUCAAGCAAAGUUUAUUGAGCUUGAUAAAGACUUUGAACGGUUCAGUUACAGUCAAGCACUAGUUGCGCAUGACAAUAAUCUUAUUUUAUUUGGCAGACAAAAAACAGAUGGUGUAGCGAAGGAUCAACAGAAUGACUAUUUGCUUUUUAUUUUUGGUAAUAGUUUUGAAAGAUGCGACAUUAUGAACUAUGAAGACUCUUCGUUUUCUUCACGAUACGGUUACUCUUUGGAUACUUUAGAUACCAAUAUUUUUUUAUUUGGUGGAAUUGUUAACGAAGAAUACUCAAGCGAUUUACUUUUCAUAAAUCUUCAAGGGCUCCCUGUUGCUCCUAAUGAAUCCUCCGACGAAAAAAAAAAUAUAGUCAAGUGGUCUCAAAUACCUCUUCAAUCAGCUUCCCCUCCUGGCCGCUGCAAUCACGCUACAACGGUCGUAGGAUAUAAGCUAAUUAUUCAUGGAGGAAAAAAUCAAACAGGGCUUUUAGGAGAUCUAUGGCUUUUUGAUUUAGAGACUGUGAGUUGGACUGAAAUUCGGCCUGUAGGCAAUUUUCCAUGCCCAAGAGAAGGCCAUAAAGUCGUUUCUUUUGGAAAUAAACUUUACAUGUAUGGUGGAUUUGACGAAAGCGGAGCCAUUUGUAAAGAUUUAUGGUGUUUUAAUUUGGAUAAACAAUGUUGGUCGCGGACAAAGGGCCCUUCCAUUGCUGAAAAUAAUCCAAUUUUCCUCAACAUGGCUUGUUAUAAUGAACGCCUUUUCCUAAUCUUCUCUCAUGAGACACAUAGCUCACGCCGAUUCCAUAGUUAUGAAUGUGAUCCAGCGAGUCUUUCUUGGGAUGACAUGGGUGCUUAUGGAUUACCUGUCUUUAAUCAUGUAAGUAUGUAUCCCUCAAAUGCAUCUAGCAAUACAAUUUCCCUUGGAAAUUUUAAAUCGAAUCAUACAAAAAAUCGCUCGAACGCAUCAUUCAACUUCUACGAUUACUUGGAACCAACUCAUAAGGCGGUACAGUCCACGAGGCAUAGACACUAUGGAAGUUUGGACGAGCAGGGACUGAAAUCUUUGAAAGAACUUAAGAGGAAUUCUCUACAUCACCAUCGAAAUUCCGAUAAUCUUUCUCUUCGUGAAUUCGGUCACAGUAGUCCUUUCGCAUAUGACGUUGAUAAUACAAUUACUUCACUUCCCAUUGCUUAUAACGGUGAAGAAGACAAAAAGGAUAAUCAAUCGCUUUUAAGUAUACCUGAUCAUGUAUCAAAUCGUUCGGCGAAUUUGCAAGCCUUUCACUUCAAUAGUACAGAUGAUCGAAUCGCAUGGUUAGAAGAGCAGUUACUUUAUUGUAUGACUCAAGGCUACGCGUUGAAGCCUCCUGGACAUUUGAAAGAAAAGUAUCCUAAAGGGAUACUUUAUCAAUCUCAACCUUUAAAAAUGCUUGAGUCUUUACAUGCUAUGGAAGAGGAAUUAAGCAAAACAGAAUAUGAGUUUAAACAAAACGCUUCCCUUUUAAUUUCUGAAAAUGCUCAAUUGUUAGCGGAAAAGGAUGCUGCGCAAAGCUCUGCCAAGUUUCAUAUGAAACUUCUUCAAGAAAGUAACAUAGAUAGUCUCACUCAGAUGUUGAGUGAACGGGUGCAUACGCUAGAAGUUGAUGUACAACAUUCUUUAGCUGAGGCGACGUCUUACUACCAAAGAUAUAAUGAGCUAAAGCAGAAAGUUGAGGAAAUGCAAUUUAACAAUGCUAUGAUGAGAAAUCAUCAAGCGGAGCUUACAGAGAACUACGCAAAGCUUCAGUCCAUAAUUGAAGAGGAUAGUAGCAAAGCUGUAUCGCUACAGACGGAAAAUAAGAUACUCAAACUAGAUGUCAGCAGGCUCUCUCAAGAAUCGUUGGAAUUUCAUUCUAAGUGUCAAACUUUAGAGUACACUAACUACGAAUUGGAAACAAAACUGAUUGAGUUGUGUGAUCGGAUGGAAAUGCAAACGAACGUAAUUGAAGCAUCUGCCAGUGCUUUAGAUGUCUCAAAUACCGCUAUACUAUCUUUUGAAGAUUCUCUUCGUAGGGAAAAGGAAGAGAACAAGAUAAAGCAAGAAAAGUACUUAAGCUUGACAUAUCAGAGUUCCCGUCUGAACGCUGAAGUAGAACGACUUCAGAUUGAAAAUUCGGAACUACAGAAAACAACAGACCAAGUUCGUUCAGAUGCAGCAUAUUUGAAAUCAAUUGUUCAAAAUGGGUUGUCAAAAUUACUAUCCUCAGAAAUUGAAACAAAAGAAAGCCACCAGGAUUCCCCAAGAACUAAUCAAAAAAUCAAGUAUCUUGAAUCGCGACUAGUUGGUAUGCAAAAGUUGUUUGAGAAACAGCAGAACAGACUUGAGACUACCAUGCUAGAAAUGGUUUCUGUACAAAGAAAGUAUGCCGAAAUGAAACAUGCUUAUUCAGUGGCACUCAUCGAAAAAGGUGAAUUGCUCAGUCAAAUGAGUGGCUUUACUGAAAAAAGUAAAGGCGAACAGAGCAAGCUCUUCGAAACUCAAAGAGCGUUAGCUGACUCAAAGCUAAGUCAUAAUGAUUAUGAUUCAAGGUCUACGAAAAAUAAUUCUUAUGAGCACCUUCUGCACCAAAAUGAUUUGAAUUCAAAUGAAAAGUCUCAGGAGAAGGAAGAUGCAUUAUCAAAAAAUGAUGAAAUAAAUGCAAAUGAUACUUUGUUUAAGAAUUAUCAGAGAAGCUACAAUAAUUUGAUAUCAGCAGGACAAAUAACCAUGUCACGCCAACAAGAUACAAUUCAUCUUUUAAAUUUAGGACUAGAGGACCAAAAAAAGCGGAUCAUUGAUACCCCGAAUGCACUUUCCAAUGAUUUCAGUCAGACUGUCAAAGUUGUUGAUGACAGCCAAAAUGAAAAUGAUGAGCAACUGCGAUCGGCAUCUGAUAUUUAUUAUGCCAAUAGGAUUAAACAAUUAGAGGACGAUUAUCAAAAGGCGAUAACAUACGCAAACUGCUCUGACGAAUCGUUCCAACAGUUGAAUUAUAAAUUUAUAUAG